AUGAUCUGUGUCCCCGGGGGGAUUAGGGAGCUACAACAGCCGCCAUCUUGCGCGGGGGGCGCUCCCGCCCCCCCUCCCGCGCUUCCUGUUCCGUCGCGGGAAAAAUCAAGAAAAAAAAUUCCCACCGCGGGCGUCGCUUCUUCCGAUCCAGCGGAGCAGCGCGAGGUUAAAGCCCCCGCCACCUGGAGCAUGGAGCGUGGAGGGAUGGAGCGUGGAGGGCUGGAGCGUGGAGGGUGGAGGGAUGGAGCGUGGAGGGCUGGAGCAUGGAGCAUGGAGGGCUGGAGCAUGGAGCGUGGAGGGGAUGGAGGGAUGGAGCAUGGAAGGACUGGAGAAUGGAGGGUGGAGGGAUGGAGUGGUGGAGCAUGGAGUGAUGGAGCAUGGAAGGACUGGAGCAUGGAGGGUGGAGGGAUGGAGGGGUGGAGCAUGGAGGGAUGGAGCAUGGAGGGAUCGAACAUGGAGGGGGUGGAGCAUGGAGGGUGGAGGGGCUGGAGCAUGCAGGGAUGGAGCAUGGAGGGUGGAGGGGAUGGAGCGUGGAGGGCUGGAGCAUGGAGGGGCUGGAGCAUGGAGGGAUGGAGCAUGGAGCGUGGAGGGCUGGAGCAUGGAGGGGCUGGAGCAUGGAGGGGCUGGAGCAUGGAGGGGUUGAGAAUGGAGGGAUGGAGCAUGGAGGGGCUGGAGCAUGGAGGGGUUGAGGAGGAGGGAGGGAGCAUGGAGGGGAUGGAGCAUGGAGGGAUGGAGCAUGGAGGGAUGGAGCAUGGAGGGAUGGAGCANAUUUGA